CCGGCCUUCCCCUCCCCUUUCCUCAUCCCUCUGGCGGGAGCGGGGCCGGGCGCCUCCACUUCCCCGCAGGUCCCUUUCUCGGAACGGAGCGCUUCCGGCGCGGGAGCCCCGCGGACGGCGGGAGUUUCGUGGGCGCCUCCGCGGCGUUUAAGAGUGUGAGGUGCCACCCGUGCCUUGGGCGGCGCGAGCAGGGCCCAGGCCGGCGGGGCCGUGGCGAACCGGCCUGCUUCUCGAACACGGAACCCCAGGGUAUGCUGAGUAGCUGGGGACCCUCAGGAAUCAGCGAGUCCAGCUCCUGGCCCUGCACAGGACACCACAAGGGUCACACUAUGUGCCUGAGAGCAUUGUCCAAACAUAUCCUGAACUCUGUCAGGCUGGGAGCUGUGACCACUUCCCUGAGGAGCCUGUUCCUGGGAUCCAACCUAAAACCCUCCCCCCAGGUUUGCCGUCUUGGUGCAGAUUGCCCCCAGUUUCCUGUGUGGAAGCAGGGACUGGGACUUGAGCACAGGCUCUUCAGCCUGUCCAUGCUGCUUGCAGGGCCAGGGGAUUUCAGGGGACAUCAGUUACUCACCCUGCUCUGGCCUUUGCUGCCAAGGAAACUCCAUGGUUUGCAGCACAUACUUCUGCAUGUGGGAUUGUUCCUUUGGUGUGCUUCUAACUCUUUGAGCUGCUCAGGGUGAUGAGGACAAUCGAUGAUAGAAUUGUUCAUGAACUAAACACUACAAUUCCAACAGCUUCCUUUGUGGGGAAAGUUGAUCCUGGCCAGACGUGUAAAGAGCUGUACGAGUCUUUGAUGGAUGCUCACACCAAGAGAGAAAGAAUCAUCAAAAACUGCAUCUCUCAGACUUCUGCUGUAGUGAAAACUCUCAAAGAAAAGAGGGAAAAGGCCCCUGAAGAUGCAGCAUUAUUAAAGCAACUCAGGAAAGAGCAGACAAAGUUGAAAUUGAUGCAGUCGGAGCUCAAUGUUGAAGAAGUGGUAAACGACAGAAGCUGGAAGGUAUUUAAUGAGCGGUGCCGAAUUCACUACAAGCCUCCGAAGAGUCAAUGAUGAUGUGGGGUAUUUUCCAUCAAGGUGGUCCAUAACUGUGAGAGGCAAACUGGAAAGAGACCUUGGGUGAGCUGAACUGGGACCCUCCAGAACCAGUAGAACCCAGUUAUGUUUUGGACCUACUUAGCUGAACUCUCAAGCUUGAAAUGAUUCUCCUGUAAUUAAGAGAAAACAACUCAUCUUUUGUACAAAAUAUGUGAACAAAUGAGUUUUAUAGUAUUAAAACAAUUUUCAAAUGGAA